CUUCCUUAUCACCGUCACCGAUUAUUGACGGAGGGGGGUCGAAAGUGUUUUGCAUUCAAAGAGAACAGGACACGUUCCACACGCAUCAGUAUUCAGUUGUCUGCCGAAACCCGAGCAGACUCGUGAUAAUCGUUGGCAUUCCAUUUUUGCACUACGCACUACGCCCAUAAAGACGCACCAAAUGCGCAGAUCAGCAGCGUUAGCGGUGCUCCUGGCAUUGUUGGCCAUCCUCAGCCGCAAUGGAGCUCAAGGACAAGUGUUUUACUACCAACCGGAACAGGUUCACCUUUCGUUCGGUGAAUCACCACUUGAACUCGUCGUCACCUGGAGCACUAUGACGGCAACGAACGAAUCGAUCGUCGAGUACGGAAUCGGUGGGUUCAUCCUGAGCGCCACCGGAACGGAGGAAAAGUUUGUCGACGGCGGAGCAGGACGUCAUACGCAGUACAUCCAUCGGGUUGUGUUGCGCGAUUUGCAACCAUCGUCCCGCUACGAGUACCACGCCGGCAGUCAGUGGGGUUGGUCGGCCGAAUUUUACUUCCACACGACUCCGGCCGGUUCCGAUUGGUCUCCGUCGUUUGCGAUUUUCGGCGAUAUGGGCAAUGAAAACGCCCAAUCGAUGGCGCGCCUGCAGGAGGACACGCAACGCCACCUGUACGAUGCGAUCGUACACGUUGGAGACUUUGCGUACGACAUGAACUCGCAAAAUGCGCUCGUCGGCGAUCAGUUUAUGAACCAAAUCCAGUCGAUCGCUGCCUACACCCCUUACAUGGUCUGUGCCGGCAAUCACGAGGAGAAAUAUAACUUCUCCAACUAUCGCGCACGAUUCAGCAUGCCGGGUGGCACGGAGAACAUGAUGUACAGCUUCAACCUAGGGCCGGUCCAUUUUAUCGGGUUUUCGACUGAAGUGUACUAUUUUAUGAACUACGGCAUCAAAACGCUGGUCAACCAGUACGAGUGGCUGCGGCGUGAUCUUGAAGAAGCGAAUAAGCCAGAGAACCGCCGAGCACGUCCGUGGAUUAUCACGUUUGGCCACCGACCGAUGUACUGUAGCAACGAUAACGAUAACGAUUGCACGCACAGUGAAACGCUCGUGCGCGUUGGUCUCCCGUUUCUGCACUGGUUCGGGCUCGAGGAUCUGUUUUACGAGCACGGUGUGGACGUGGAGAUCUGGGCUCACGAGCACUCGUACGAGCGGCUGUUUCCGAUCUACGAUUACAAGGUCUAUAAUGGAUCGUACGAAGAACCGUACCGUAAUCCGCGCGCUCCGGUACACCUCGUGACGGGUUCGGCCGGUUGCAAGGAGGGAAGGGAGCCGUUUAUUCGCAAGAUUCCCGAAUGGAGUGCCAUCCACAGUCGGGAUUAUGGUUACACGCGCAUGAAGGCGAUCAAUGGCACGCACCUGUACUUUGAGCAGAUUUCGGUAGACAAAGAAGGCGCCGUCAUCGAUUCGUUCACCAUCAUCAAGGAUGAGCAUUUGCCGUACAAACAGCUGUUGGAACGUGAUCGCCGUGUUCAGUAGGCUGUGUGACCGUAAUAGUAGAUUGUUUUAGACAAACAUUUAUUGAACCAAAUAAAGCAAAACGCAGUGUGAUAAAUAUCGGUAACAGACGCAUCCAAACGUUGGCUGUAUCGGUGUG